AUGAAAGCGCCAAUAACGACAGAAUUAGGUGCCAUAGCCACAGCUUAUGAUUAUGGUGCAGGAGAAUUAAGCACGAGUGGAGCAUUGCAGCCAGGGCUAGUUUAUGAAACCACCACUAUUGACUACUUAAACUUCCUAUGCUAUCAGGGGUACAACACAUCCACAAUCAAAGUUAUUUCCAAAGAUGUUCCACAUGGUUUUACUUGUCCGAAGCAAUCAAGAGUCGAUCUGAUAUCCAAUAUCAACUACCCUUCAAUAGCAGUUUUCAACCUUAAAGGAAAACAGAGUAGGAAUAUUACCAGAACCCUCACAAACGUUGCUGGAGAUGGUAAUACAAUAUAUUCUCUAACCAUUGAAGCAUCUAGCAGCCUAACAGUCGCUCCUGAUGUUGCAGCUCCAGGAGCCGACAUACUUGCAGCUUGGAUGGACAAUGAUACAGAAGAAACUCUUAAACGUAAAGAAUCCCUAAAAUUCAACAUUAUCUCAGGAGCUUCCAUGUCAUGUCCGCAUAUAAACAAUAUGAAGGCCCCAAUAACAACAGAAUUAGGUGCCACAGCCACAGCUUAUGAUUAUGGAGCUGGAGAAAUAAUUAUUUCCAAGGAUAUUCCCGAUGGCUUUACUUGUCCGAAGGAAUCAAGCGUGGAUCUUAUGUCAAACAUUAACUAUCCAUCCAUAGCAGUUUUCAACCUCACUGGAAAACAGAGCAGGACCAUUAACAGAACUCUUACAAAUGUUGCUGCAAAUGGAACUACAGCAUACUCUCUAACCAUUGAAGCACCGAGCGAUCUAACAAUCGCACGCAGUUUGGGUGGAUAUGACAUUGGGUCGACGGCGGCCAGCCAUCAUAUACUAAAAUCCGGAGCAGCCGAGGGAGAGAACGAUGGGGUUUAUAUCGUUUACAUGGGAGCUGCGACAGCAGAUGGUUCUUUAAAGAAUGAGCAUGCCCAGCUUCUGAGCUGUGUCUUAAAACGGAGAAAGAAUGCUUUAGUGCACAGCUAUGAGCAUGGAAUUUCAGGGUUUUCAGCUCGUUUAUCAGCAGCAGAGGCACAAUCAAUUGCUAAAAACCCUGGAGUAGUAUCAGUUUUUCCUAAUCCUGUCUACCAACUCCACACCACUCGUUCGUGGGAUUUCCUGAAAUAUGGAACCGACGUAAAGAUUGACUUAAGCCCCAAUUCUGACUCUAACUCAUCUACUCCGGGACAUGAUGUGAUCAUUGGAAUCCUAGAUACAGGUAUUUGGCCCGAGUCUGAGAGUUUUAGCGACAAGGGCAUGGGUCCAAUACCAUCACGCUGGAAAGGUACCUGUGUCGAUGCUCCAGAUUUCAACUCGUCCAAUUGUAAUAGAAAAAUAAUUGGAGCAAGAUCUUACAAUGGCCCCGACGAUGACGAUGACGGACUAGUUAAUACACCAAGAGAUGUGAAUGGGCAUGGCACUCAUGUAGCUUCAACUGCAGCUGGAAUUAUGGUCCCUGGUGCAUCUUACAAUGGAUUGGCUUCCGGGACUGCGAAAGGUGGAUCCCCAGGGUCAAGGAUCGCAGUAUACAGAAUAUGUACAUAUAAUGGAUGUGAUGGGUCCAGUAUAUUAGCUGCAUUCAGUGAUGCCAUUAAAGAUGGUGUUGAUAUACUGUCAUUAUCACUAGGUUCACCGGCAUCACGCAUCCCCGAUUUGAAGGAAGAUCCAAUAGCCAUUGGAGCCUUUCAUGCUGUUGAGAAUGGGAUCACCGUGGUCUGCGCCGCAGGGAAUGAUGGGCCAUCCGAAAAAACUGUUACGAAUGCUGCACCCUGGAUUUUGACGGUUGCUUCUACAACCAUAGACAGAAAAUUCGAGUCAAAUGUUGUGUUUGAUGGAAACAAGGUGAUCAAGGGUGAAGCCAUAAAUUUUGCCAGUAUUGGAAUAUCUCCAGUACAUCCAUUGAUAUAUGCAAAGUCAGCUAAGAAGGCUGAUGGAAACGAAAGUGAAGCUAGAAACUGCUACCUAGAUUCUCUGGAUGGGAAAAAGAUUAAAGGAAAAAUCGUCAUCUGUGACAGUGAUUAUGACAAUGGAAACUCAUUUAUUAAGAUGGAUGAGGUGCAGAACUCGGGAGGAAUUGGUCUUGUUCUGGUUGAUGACAAAACAAGCGGAGAUGCAUCCGAUUACCAGGAAUUUCCGAUGACUGUGAUCAGUUCAAAGGAUGCUGCCGAGAUCCUUUCCUACGUAAACUCAACCAAGUAA